AUGCCGAGCUUCAUGGAGUUUGUUCUGAAGCCUGUGCUGCUGGACCAACAUCUUCAAGGCCUCAAGACAGACAGCAAGCUGAAGCCAGAUGCCCACGAGCUGCUGCAGUCUCUUGUUGAGCUCGCGCAGAACCAGGAGUCAGAGUUGCAGAAAGCCACCGAUCCCACGAUUAAGGCAGAAUGUAAGUCGUCACAAGCCUUCGCUUUCAAUCUGGCGGCAAGAGUGGUUCUCAAAGCAGGACUGACCCUCGAGGACAUCGAGCAUGGCAUUCCGCAUGCUCAGCAACUCACUUUGCUAAAGCACACCCACGCACUUGAGCCUGAAAAUAGAAUCCUAGAAUGCGACAUCCACCGUUGGGUUCUCCGCUCCAUGCUCUUCCGCCUCUCGCUAGAGUUCAACGAUGACUUGAAGACGUUGACGGACAGGUUUGAAUCUGAACCCAACACAACCGAGUCGCUGAAGUCCUGGGACAGCGCCAAGGACUCUUCCGAGCAAGCGGCUCUUUCAAUCGUCAAGGAUCACAUCGAUCGUUGUAGGGUACUCCCACACCGCCUCGCCGCGCUUGCUCUGGCUCUAAGGAUGCUGCGACUGUCAACGCCGGAUGCGCCGCCGACGCCGUUCCAUGGUAUUCGGAGAGGGAAGGCCGCAGCUCGACCGGAAGCCUCGGAACCUGCCGAGGACGAAUUGGAAAACUCGAAAGACGUCGACAUGCAGAUGAAGGGCGCGGCGAUGACGGGCAGCGGCUUGAUGAUCCUUGCUGCAGAGCUCCUGCGGCUGCAGAACAAGAGCGAGUUGCUCCUUGACCUGCUCCACCUCGACAACGCGCUCAGGCUGUCAGCGCAGAAUGCGAUGAGCAGAGCCGAGAGCUCUUCCUCUGCUGAGAACGGAUUCUUUGCGAAACUCUUUGCCGAAGGAAUCGAGGGCAUCUCCCCGCUCCCUUGGCCUUACAGGCAGCACCUGAUGUGCUCCAUUCCGGACAGCCAGUCAUCAGAUGAGGAGGAGGAUCAGGAGAACAUUCAACUCUCCUUCUCCGCUGCAAAUUGUAUCGCUGCACUGACUGGAGCGUCCGCUGCAUCUGCAUACGUUGGGCUGAGGAUGAGACAUGACCUGAUGACCGUGAAUCAGCCUUAUUUCCAAGCAGAAGAGCUUUCUGUCUCGGCCGAAAGCCACAAAGAUCAAAUCACCCGCAAGAAGAACAUCCGCGCUGUCAUUCAGGCUGCGAGGCGAACUAUGGACGUCCUCGUGAGCGCUGAAAAUCAAGAGAACUGCACAGAGAUGAUCAACAAAACGCUCCCUGCAAAGCUCCAACAAAAUCUCAAGAUGGGUCCCAUCCUUGUCAACGCGUUUCUCGCAGCCUCUGAGCACGGGGCGACCAAGCGAGCGAGGAAUAUGCUGGAAAUUGCAAUCGAUCAGUUGCAGAUGGUUCUUUCUGAGACAGAGGAGGAGGGAAAGGCAGGUGACAAGCGGUCGAGGCAUGGGGAUGGUGAGGAAAUGCAAUCCGACCAAAACAAGGCCGGGCCAAGCUCUGCAAACAAGCGGAAGUGCAGAGAAUCUUUCAUUGCUGGGCUGCUCUACAAGCGCAAAGAGGUUUUCAGUGACGAGCAGCUGAAGCAUUCUUGCUUCUCAGCGGGGGAGAUAGGGAUCAACGUCCGAGAGUCGGCAAGCAAGACAUGGAAUGAUGUGGAGGGCAAAUGCAGGGAGCUAGGCGAGAUGUCUCUGGGGAUUGGAAGGUCGCCAGAGCUCUCAGACGAGCAGAUUGAGAGCUUGUCUACCCUCCUUGAUGGGAUUGUGCUGGCGGCAUCGGAAGCCGGUGGUCAUUGGAUCUCUCACGAGUACCCGCAGCAAGGAUGGUUCGAUGCUCUCUCGGGGAUGUCGACGGAGUCGCUAUCGGCCGCGUACUCGCUGUGCCGAAGGCUGGAGGGAGACUCGAGGGUGAAAGGGAUCUUUGCGUCCUCGUUGGAGGACGUCAAGUCGAAGAAGAACCCGUACGCUGAUGUGCGGAUGCUGAUGCUUCGCGCCAUCCUCAUGAUCCUCCAAGAGCGGGAACAAUCCGAGGCGAAAUGGGCCAUCGAAGGAGCGAAGCUCGCGCUGACGGGAGGGAACGCCAAGAUCGCGAUAAGAUGCCUGGUGAUGUCCGCCCUGAACCUUUUAGGAGGCGACGAGUCUGGAUUUCGAUCCUCGCUGAUAGGGACCAAUCGCGUUCCUGUCCUGCCCAAGAAUCUGACAGAGCUCCUGAUCGAAUGCCUGUGCAAGGCGAGCUGCGGGGCAGACGCCAUCAUCGUCUCACAGAUGCAGACGGAGAGUGCCCUGCGCCUCUACUUCAAGCACUGCAGCGAGCUGGACAUGAAGCAUGCGAUGUGGCUGUGGAACAUGGACGUUAUGGAGAGGCUGAUGCAGUCACUGGAUGCCAAGAAUGAUCAACGAAGAGUAGGGUGGGUGCUGGAAGCGCUCUCACGGCCUCAGCUCAACUGCAGCAAUGCCGAGACCAUCAGGGCGAGCUUUGCUCUGCAGCUGAUGCAACAGUUCUUGCUUUAUUUGCUUCGACAGUUCUCUUAA